AUGGAGGCGGAGCGCGCCAUGGACAAGUAUCUUCGCGAGUGGCGCCAGGAGGCGCUGAACCGGUGCCAGUACGACACGGCCAUCUUUGUGGCCGACAAGCUGCUUGCCCUGACUGACGACGACCAAGAUGCUUUCUGGCUGGCCCAGGUCCACUUCACCACGGGCAAUUAUAAUCGCACCCAGGCCCUGCUGGCCCGCGGCAGCCUGGUUGAGCGCACCCCGCAGUGCCGCUAUCUGGCCGCCCAUUGCGCCAUCAAACUGGGCAAAACCGAAGAAGCACUGCACAUUCUCGGCGACAAGAACCCCACCCACCUCAUCUCGGCCCCGGGGAGCGCGCGCACAAAGUUGCGCCAUGUCGACGUCAACUCGCGCGCCGGCCCACGCCACAACAGAACCGGCUCGCGCAAUGAGCGCCUGCCCACGAGCGAGGAGCGCGAUCGCGAGGACGUCAACAACAUCAAGUCUGAGGCGGGCAUGUGCUACCUGCGCGGCGUCUGCUACGCCAAGCAAAACUCGUUUGACCGCGCAAAGGAAUGCUACAAGACGGCAGUGCAGAUUGACGUCCAGUGCUUCGAAGCCUUUGACGCCCUCAUGUCCAACUCGCUCAUGGCACCCGAAGAAGAAUGGGCGUUUCUCGAGUCGCUCAACUUUGACACCAUCAAUGUCUCCAACAACCCCUCCUUGUCCCAAGAAGCCGCCUCCUUUACAAAGACGCUCUAUACGACCCGCUUGUCCAAGUACACCAGGCCAGACGAGUUUGCAAAUGCCACCGAAACCCUUACUACCCACUACAACCUAGGAGAGAACCCCGAUAUUGUGCUCUCCAAGGCCGACCUCAUGUUCACCCUAUGCCGGUUCCGCGACACGCUUGCUCUUACCUCGUCCGUCCUCGCCAACGAUAAAUACAAUUUCAAUGUCAUGCCUAUACAUAUCGCAUCUUUGCACGAACUUGGCGAGAAAAACACCCUUUUCCUUCUCGCCCAUGAACUUGCAGACACAAAUCCCUCAGAACCUUGUUCCUGGUUUGCUGUCGGUACAUACUACCUCGCCAUUGGGCGCGUAGCGGAAGCACGCCGUUAUUUCUCCAAGUCGUCGAUGAUGGACCCGCACUUUGGGCCCGCGUGGAUUGGUUUCGCGCAUACGUUCGCAGCUGAAGGCGAGCACGACCAAGCCAUUUCCGCCUACUCUACCGCUGCACGGCUGUUCCAAGGCUCUCAUCUACCUCAGCUCUUUCUGGGUAUGCAAAAUCUCCAGCUUAACAACUUGAGUUUAUCAAAAGAAUAUCUGAAAACAUCAUACGACCUGUGUGAGAACGACCCCUGCCUGCUUAACGAAAUGGGCGUCGUCUACUUCCACGAGGGCCAACUGCUGGACGCAAUACAGUUCUUCCGUCGGGCACUCGCCUUCUCAGAGCAUAACGAAGCAGAUCCGGAUGCGUGGAUACCCACUAGAAUCAAUCUCGCCCAUGCGCUUCGUAAAUACGAGCAAUACAGCGAGUCUCUCGCAACAUUUGACGAAGUGCUUCGCCACGGCACAAAAGACCCCAGUGUAUUCGCAGCAAAAGCACUAGUACUCCUAAAUAUGAAUCGCACCUGGGAGGCCAUUGUCACCCUGCACGAAGCCCUUGCCGUAGCACCACAAGACCCUCUAGCUACGGAUCUUCUCAACCGCGCACUGGAGGUCAAUGAGUCUGACGGCAAUCUCCUCGUCCCAUCUGAGUCAACUGCAGGAACAAACAUGCUCGAUGACGCAGAAGAAGACGAAGAACUCGAACAACUCGAACGACGCAUGAAUGGAAAACUACGCGAAAUCGAACAGAACCGCGUUGCUGGUAGACGUUCUCGCAGAAGACGACAUGCACAGGGUGUAGCGGCCGAGGAUCUCAGUGCCUUUGGCGAAAGCAUGGUAGUGGAUUCUGAUGAAGGCUAGUCAUCACAACUCUAUCGUUAGGUUUUCUUGGCUUCCAGAUCCCACUGCUCACACACAUGUAUUCGGGACGGGAGGAGCAUCUUGGAUAUGUUUCAUUGCAUACUGGCGUCAACAAGGGUUGGAUGGGCUGGGGAAGGUUCGGUCUUGGAUCAUGGCAUAGCGAGUGGAGUGAGCGGCAAUCUUUUUC